AUGCACGAAUUUGGAGGAAAAUUGUACGCCCUUGGAAAGCUGUCAUCGAGUUCAGAAGCUCUGCAGCUGAAUCUGUUGCUACAUUAUGGUCACAGAAUGCAUCUCUCUUGGACGUUGCGGCUCUCAACCAUAUCAGCUAUCCUUGCCUCCUUAUGCAUACUCUCCAGUGCAACACCUACGUCUUUCACAAUCACCAAAGAUGGGGCCAACCAUGAAGUCAGUGCCAAAGCUGUGCCCGGCCCACUUCGCAACCUUCCAGCACUCCCCCAAACCCAGUCUAUCAGCAACCGCGGCCUCUCUUACGGCUCAUGGGGCAACGGCUGGUCCUCUCGCUCCAACACCUACUCCGCUCUCCUCCCCGUCCUCCCCGCCGCGGCCAAGCUCUCCCUCUUUUACACCAAACUCCACCUGCUCUCUUCCUCCUUCCCACCCACUCUCUCAGCCACCGCCCCAGCAAUCCUCGACGGUAUAGCGGGCCAAAUGGUGCGGUUUCAAUGCGGCGGACUCGAAUUGAGUUUCUUCAGCAGUACCCUGAUCCCCUGGAGCUUCGUGGCUACGGUGGCGGCGAGGUUGAGGCAGAGCACGGCGAACGGGUUUACAGGACUGCACGGGACGGUGUUUGAGCAUAAGGCGGCUGGGCUGGUGGUGUUUGUGACGUUGGUGGCGGCGGGUGUGCCGGUGCCGGGGCUGUUGCCACGCUAG